AUGUUCCAGCGCAUAAGAGGAGCAAUCGACUCCACGAUUGCCCAGGAACAAGCUCGCCAGCGUCAAGCCCAAGCCUCUCCUUCAAGAUCAAAUUCAAAUCCCAGGAGAGCUGAUUCGCGGGCUAUCUCUCCAGCCAAAAGGGUUUCCCGUCAAGGAACGAGAGGCCGGCAGGAUGGAGAUCCUCCAGCAAAGGCGCCCGACCCUGCAGAUUUCGAGUCUGAAUUUACAAUCGAGGACGAGGAUCUGGGGAGGUCUGGAACUCUGAAGCCUCAAUCAAAUCAGAAUGGUAGCAUCAAGAACAUGCAGGAAAUUGCUCCCCAACAAGGUAGCCAAGAAACAUAUGAAACGUCUACAUCAGCCGGAGAAUCCAGUGCUUCGUCAGAUCUACCUACAGAUAUACGCGAUAAGCUCCGGAAGCUUGAAAAAUACGAGUCAAGAUAUCAUGAGCUGCUUAGGUCCUAUCGCGUUGCUCAUGCGAGAGUCCUCACCAUCGAGCCCUUUGAAACAUCUCUUCGAGAAAAUACGCCUUUAACAUCAAUUAGCGACCCAAAUGCAUUCGUGGAGUAUUUGAAUCAAGUCAAUCUGAAAGGGGACAUGGUAUUGGAUGAACUUAAAAGAGUCUCAAGCGAAAGGGACACAUUCAAACAAAGACUGAGCGAGGCAGAAAGAAGCACCAACGAAGCUUGGGAUGAGGUGGCCAACCUUAAGUCUUUGGCAAGCACCAAGGCCGAUCCCAAAGGAAGCGAAAGGUUAGCGAACGGUUCGCAGUCUGAUGAUGAAGCCUCAAUGCAAGAGAUCACCAAUAGAGAACCUCUAGGCGUAACAACUAAGUCCUCACCAGCUUCAAUCAACUCACCCACAGUCUCGGCACCUGGCAUGACUCCUUUUUCCCCAAAGCAAAAAGCAGCGGACUCUUCCCAAGCUCGCCAAGGGUCGGAAGAUUUUUUUUCCUAUGACGGCGAGGUUCCUAGAUUGGGAACCGAGCUUCAAGACCGCCAGGAGAAGAUCAAUGCUCUUGAAAACGAGGUAACGAUCUUGAAAGGGGAUCUUGCCGUUACUAGAGAGUCAACGCAAAGCAUGGUCCAAACACUCGAGGAAGCGACACGGGAACUCAAUGGUCUUCGAGACAGCAAAGACCGCUUAGAAUCGGACAUGAAAGAGCAGAGAGUAUUAACAGAGAAGCUGUCCGAGCGAUUACGCGCCGACUUGCAAGAAGCUCGGACAAGACUACAAGAUCUGCAAGCUGAGCAUGGCUCUGAAUGCUCUGACCGCAUCACCGAACUUGAUUCGCAAUUGCAAAAUUCAAGGCAGGAAUUGGAUAGGGCGCACUUAGCAGCCAGCCAGAACACGAACGACAAAGGGCGGGUCGAAGAGCUUCAAUCCGACGUUAGCAAAUUGGAAACAGAACUAUCGGAGCUACGAUCAAACGCCACGCAGAGCGAUAAGAAGAUACAUACACUGAACGACCUUGUGAUUAGCCUGCGCUCUCAGCUCUCCGAGUUUGAGGGAAAGAACCAGGAUCUUAGCGCCGUGAUUGAAGAGAAGUCGAGGGCCAUCGAAAUUCUGCAGAAGAAGGCCGAGAAGCUCGGAAUAUUGCCCAAGCCAGAUAGCCCAGGACCGACUGGUCAAGCAGAUGGUAACAGUGAGGGGCCUUCGAUUCAAGGAUCUGAGAGCGUUAGUAACGAUCAAGGCUCUAUACAAAGUGUAUCCAAUUCGAGUAAGAAGAAAAGUAAGAAGAAGAAGAAAGGCGGCAAGUCUUCUGUUGAACAGGACAUGGCACCGCAGACAGACCUGAAGAAGGAGCCAAUCACAGAUAUUAAGGAAUCGAAAGAAAGUCUGAAGACAGAUAUCGUGUCCAAGCUCCAAGAGGAGCUCCACCAACUGCGCAUCUUGAUAGAGGAAAAAGAUGCAGCUAUUGAGAGAAUCCACGGCAAGCUGAUAGAUCAGGAUGGAUUACGAGAAGAGAUCGACACACUACGGGACGAUCUCGUGAACGUUGGACAGGAGCAUGUCGAGUCCAAAGACCAAGUCAAAGAGUUGAUGGCAGAGAAGACUGCCAUGGCGUUUACUGUCACGAACCUUGAGAAAGAGAUCGCUGAACUCAGGGGUGUCCAUGCGACCAGCGCGGCCGGAUCAGAGCAGAAGCACAAAGAUCUAGCAGCUCAAUUUGAGGACUUGAAAGCUAAGGCGAAUACGCUGCAAACAGAUCUUUUUGCUGCACAGCAACUCGCAUCAUCUAGAUUCAAGGACCUGAACGACCUGAGGAACGUUUUGCAGAAGGCACAACCAGAGAUCAACGCACUAAGGAUCGAAGCCGCAGAAGUGAGAUCCGUCAAAGAAGCACUUGGCAAGAAAGACGCGGCAUUCGUAAAUUUGGAUUCUAGGUACGAAGAAUUGCGCUCCGAGGUCACAAAACUGAAGCAGACUAUAUCGGAUCGAGAGACGGAGAUCAAGACUUUGAACCAGAAGAUAAAUCAGGAAAGCAAUAACAGGUCCAAGGCAGAAGAUGCAAGUUCAAAGGCAGCACAGGAAGUCCAGCGGCUGGAUACAGAGAGACGCCAGGCAACGGAAUCCCUCGACCGUCUAUCAAGAGAGCUUGGGAAGGCACGAGAGGAAUUGAACGCCAGUAAGACAAAAUUAAGAGAGCUCGAGCAGCAAUUCUCCAAGAUUAUAAGCGAAAGCGUGGGUCUGAAGGAGGAGCUUGAUCUCAAGACCGCACAGUAUGCUAGCGCACAGAGCUUGAUGGCUAGUAUGCGAGACCAGACUGCAGAGAUGGCUAUGCAAAUGAAAGAAGCCCGAGAGCGUUGCGAAAGCCUGGACGAGGAGGUUGCAGAUGCUCAUCGCCUUUUGAGUGAGCGAAGCCGUGAGGGUGAGACGAUGAGAAAGCUUCUGGCUGAUGUUGAGGGAAGAGCUGAUGCACGAACCCGGGAGAUGAAAGAGCGUAUGGACACAGCAAUUGAGGAGCGUGAUCGUGCAGAGGAUGAAGCUAGCACCGCUGGUAGGCGAAGAGCAAGGGAGCUGGAAGAUCUGCGAAACAAAUUCAGAGAUAAUGAGAGGAAUUUGAAAAGAGCAGAGGAGGAUAAGGAAGAGCUGGAGAUGGCACAAAAGGAUUGGAAACGACGGCGGGAAGAGCUGAAGCACCGUGCAGGGCAGUCCACUAGAGAGGUCGACGACGUACGAAAGGCGAUGGCAGAACUCCGAGAUGCUUUAGAUGAGAGCGAAAAGCAGGCGAGGGAUCUGGAGAAGCAAAAGGCUGAGCUGCGGAGGUCGGUAGAAGAUAUACAGCAUCGUCUUGAAAAGAUGCAAAAGUCCAAUAAGUCGAUGGCGGAUGAGAUGGGUAAGAUUCAAACAGCCAGGACCAAAGCCAUGGACUCGGAAGCACACUCUUCUCGCUCAUCGUUCGACUCGGCAGCACACCUAGGCUCACCAGCAGCGAAAAGCAGGACACCCUCUGCCGCGUUGGUAGAUGCGCCCAAUGGCCCUCCGCCAGGCACCAUGGACUAUGUCUAUCUCAAGAACGUACUGUUGCAGUUCCUCGAGCAGAAGGAUAAGAAGCACCAGGUGCAGCUUAUCCCGGUUCUUGGGAUGCUCUUGCACUUCGAUCGAAAGGACGAACAACGGUGGAUUUCUGCCAUAUCUACCAAAGGGUGA